AAGCCACCGCUGCCGCCCAGGACUGGGCCCUUAGGGAGGAGGAGGCGAGAAGGUAGGGGACGACCCCAGUGCUGCGGACAGGAACAUGGAGAUCUGGAAGAUCAAAAAGCUCAUUAAGAGCUUGGAGGCGGCCCGCGGCAAUGGCACCAUCAUGAUAUCAUUGAUCGUUCCUCCCAAAGACCAGAUUUCACGAGUGGCAAAGAUGUUAACAGAUGAGUUUGGAACUGCAUCUAACAUUAAGUCACGACUUAACCACCUUUCAGUCCUGGGAGCCAUCACAUCUGCACAACAGAGACUCAAACUUUAUAACAAAGUACCUCCAAAUGGUCUGGUUGUUUACUGUGGAACAAUUGUAACAGAAGAAGGAAAAGAAAAGAAAGUCAACAUUGACUUUGAACCUUUCAAACCAAUUAACACGUCAUUGUAUUUGUGCGACAACAAAUUCCAUACAGAGGCUCUUACAGCACUACUUUCCGAUGAUAGCAAGUUUGGAUUCAUUGUAAUAGAUGGUAGCGGUGCACUUUUCGGCACUCUCCAAGGAAACACAAGAGAAGUCUUACACAAAUUCACUGUGGAUCUCCCAAAGAAACACAGUAGAGGAGGUCAGUCAACCUUGCGUUUUCCCCAUUUAAGAAUGGAAAAGCGACAUAACUAUGUUCGGAAAGUAGCGGAGACUGCUGUGCAGCUGUUUAUUUCUGGGGACAAAGUGAAUGUGGCUGGUCUCGUUUUAGCUGAAUCAGCUGACUUUAAAACUGAACUAAGUCAAUCUGAUAUGUUUGAUCAGAGGUUGCAGUCAAAAGUUUUAAAAUUAGUUGAUAUAUCCUAUGGUGGUGAAAAUGGAUUCAACCAAGCUAUUGAGUUAUCCACUGAAGUCAUCUCCAACGUGAAAUUUAUUCAAGAGAAGAAAUUAAUAGGAGGAUACUUUGAUGAAAUCAGCCAGGACACCGGCAAGUACUGCUUUGUUGAAGAUACACUAAAGGCUUUAGAAAUGGGAGCUGUAGAGAUUCUAAUAGUCUAUGAAAAUCUGGAUAUGAUGAGAUAUGUCCUUCAUUGCCAAGGCACAGAAGAGGAGAAAAUUCUCUAUCAAACUCCAGAACAAGAAAAGGAUAAAUCUCAUUUCACAGACAAAGAGACAGGCCAGGAACAUGAGCUUAUUGAGAGCAUGCCCCUGUUGGAAUGGUUUGCUAACAACUAUAAAAAAUUUGGAGCUACAUUGGAAAUUGUCACAGAUAAGUCACAAGAAGGAUCCCAAUUUGUGAAAGGAUUUGGUGGAAUUGGAGGUAUCUUGCGGUACCGAGUAGAUUUCCAGGGAAUGGAAUACCAAGGAGGAGACGAUGAAUUUUUUGACCUUGAUGACGACUAGGUAGUCGACAUGGGUCCAGCAAAACGUGCCUCACCCUCCAGCAUCCAACCCAAGGAGCAUAUCCGUGGUGGAAUCCAAACAGAUCCCUGCCUUACAAUUGGAACAUUUCCAGAACUUAAUCCAUGAGCAUUGGCUAUUGAAAAGAAAACCGAAACAAAACCAGACCCAACCCUACACAUUGGUUUGUCAUGGUGUCAGCGCAGCAGCCUACAACUAAGUUCCUAAAUGCAACUUUGGACUAAUUUAAAAAAAGAAUUCCAGUUUUUACUUUUACUCGAUGGUGAAAUUGGUUGCUCUUGUAUUUUAUGAAAAAAAUGAUUUGUUUAACCUUCAUACAUAGAAGCAAAAAUACUUUAACUGUUGUAAACUUCCAAAA